AUGUCGGCAGAUGUGACGUUCGACAUCGUCACGGCCAGUAUCUGCGCCCUCCUCAUCAUUGUUCGCUGCGGCUACCGCAUCCUUUUACGAUGUAAAGUUCACGAUACCUGCCACCGAAUGUGGCACGUCGACGAUGCCUACAUGGCCUUUGCGCUCCUCCCGCUCAUAGGCCGCACGACAUGCAUCUCGCUCUCCUUCUACCUCAACCCUACGCACACCUACGAUGCCGCCACCGAGGAAGCAGCCGCGGCGCGCAAUCUCAGUGUUGAGAAAUUGGCAGAGUAUUACAUCAUCUCACACAAACUGCUUAUUCCAGCUCGCAUAUUCUAUGCAUUAUUCUUGUGGUCGUUGAAGCUCUGCCUGCUCAACUUUUACUCUCGCUUUGUGGACAUCUUUGGAUGGGGCAAAGCUGUCACGAAUGCUCUUUGGUGGUUUAUUGUUGUUACGUUUUUUGUUAUCUUGAUACCCACUCUAACGGAAUGUCGGCCACUUCACUUCAUGUGGUCCCCUGAUCCUACCGGCGCAAACACCUGUCAUCGAGCCCUCGGAAACCUCGUCACAAUGGCUGUCUUCAAUAUCAUUACCGAUAUCGCGCUCAUCAUCUUCCCCUUUCCCAUCUUUCGCCAUGUGAAACUCGACAGCAAAGUUAAGGUGCAGCUCGUGCUCUUAUUCAGCAUCGCCGGCGUUGUUGUCGUCAUCACCAUCCUGCGACUGCCCAUGAUACUGAACCAGGCAGUAUCACAAAGAUCUCGCUCAAUGUGGGCAUCCAUAGAGAUACUUUGCGCCUGUAUCGUCGCAAAUACAGCAUUCUUUUACGCGUUAUUAAAAGACUACCAGCGAGGUCACGAUAGUCGCGGUGCAGGCUCGACCUACGCGCAACAGCCCGAUUAUUACAUGCAAGCGAGCCCAUCGCCAGAGUUGCGGAGGGGGUCCUCGGCGCGCUCCGACGGCCUGGAGGUGCCGGACCAUUGGUCAAGGGAGAGCAGAUCAAGUAGAUCUAGUAACAUUCCUAUCAUAGCAUGA